UCGCUGGGCUCGUGCUCCAGCCUCACACACGGUCGCGCGCGCAGUCUCCUCAGGACUGCCUUCAGCGGCGGCGCGGCGCGGCGAGCUCUCCACAACUUUGGCGGAAUAUUCUGGAUUUAAAGUCUGAAAAAGAAGAGUAAACACGGCGAGCGCUCUCCCGGGGUCCUGUAGGAGACCCGCUGUGGUCGGCUGUGGUGCCCUCAGCUGUGUAUGAGCCAGGGUGGAGGAGCGGAGGGGCCGGGGAGAGGAUGUGUGUGCUGCGGGGGCAAACGUGAAGCAGGCCUGGGAAGGUUCAAGAACGGACAAAGGCAGCUUUCUAUUUACCUGUGACUGGAUGUGAGCUUUCACUGACCUAUGACAGUUAAAAUGGGGUUUCCAUGGAAACUACUGGUGCUGCAGUCAUUCAUGGGGUGUCUUGUAGAGAGCAGCGUUCCUCUGAAACCUGUUUUCAUCAAGCAGCCGGGGAGUAUUGUGUUUCCUUUGCACCCUAAUGAUCCUAGCCGGGAGGUCACCUUCAGCUGUGAGGCUCAGGGAUAUCCACCUCCAUCCUACAGGUGGAAAAUGAAUGACACCUUCAUUUCUCCAUGGCCGGGCUCACGCUACAGAUUCUCUGGAGGGAACCUGCAUAUUAGUCAGCUCAGUAAAGAGGAGGAUGUUGGUAUUUACCAGUGUUUGUCCUCCAACUCCUUUGGGACCAUCCUCAGUAGAGAGGCCAGUCUCCAUAUUGCUUAUUUGGAGGACUUUAAAACCCAGAGAAGAAGUCCAGUGAGAGUUCGUGAAGGCCAGGGGGUGGUCCUGCUGUGCGGCCCUCCACCACACAUGGGAGAGCUGACCUUUACAUGGAUCUUCAAUGAAUACCCCUCAUUUGUGAAGCAGGACAACCGGCGAUUUGUGUCUCAGAAAACCGGAAACCUGUACAUCGCUAAAGUGGAGCCGUCAGAUGUAGGAAACUACACCUGUGUAGUGACCAACCUGGUGACCAAAUCCAGAGUACAGGGGCCUCCAACAUUACUGGUUCUACGAAGUGAUGGAAUUAUGGGUGAAUAUGAACCAAAGAUUGAAGUUCAGUUCCCUGAGGCCUUGUCUGUAGCCAAGGGUUUAACAGUUAAGUUGGAAUGCUUUGCGCUGGGAAACCCGGUUCCUGCUAUCAGCUGGAGGAGAGUAGAUGGGGCACCAUUCCCCAGAAAGGUGGACGUUAGCAGAGCUAGCAGUGUGCUAGAAAUUCCGUAUUUCCAGCAGGAAGAUGCUGGCCAGUAUGAAUGUGUGGCUGAGAACUCCAGAGGGAGAAAUUUGGUCAAAGGAAAGCUUUCUUUCUAUGCACCUCCUCAUCUACUGGAGAGGCCACAGGACACACAGAAGGCCAUCGAUGACUCUUUGGUGUGGGAAUGCAAGGCCAGUGGAAAGCCCAAACCGUCCUACAAAUGGCUAAAAAAUGGGGACCCACUGGAGGCCUUUGAGGACAGAAUGCAGGUGGUUAAUGGGGCCUUGUCCAUCAGCAGUCUAACUCUAUCAGACACAGGAAUGUACCAGUGUGUCGCGGAGAACCGAUAUGGUAGAGUGUUCGCCAACGCUGAACUGAAAGUCAAUGCUGUGGCACCAGAUUUCUCAGACAGUGUUCUGAAAGCGCAGACGCUGGCCCGGCAGGGUGGGGAUGUGCUGAUCGAGUGCAGGCCUCGGAUGUCUCCUCGUGGAAUGAUCUCUUGGAGAAAAGGCAAAGAAGCCCUGAGGGAGAGUCACAGAGUUUCCGUGCUGGACAACGGGAGUCUCCGAAUAUCCAACAUUACCAAGCUGGACGCGGGUCUUUAUACAUGUGUGGCCAGGAAUCAGUUUGGAGUGGCGAGCAGUGCUGGGACUCUAGUAGUAAAAGAGCCCACCAUCAUUACCACUAAAGCGGCUCAGCUGGACGUCACAGUAGGAGAAAGUAUUGUUCUUCCAUGCCAGGUUUCUCGUGAUCCUUCUCUGGAUGUCCGCUUCACCUGGUUCUUUAAUGAGCAGUUGAUCAGUUUUGGAAGCCAAGGUGGCUACUUUGAGAAAGUUGGUGGGAGAUUUGCUGGUGAUAUCAUGAUCCGUAACAUUCAGCUAAUUCACGCAGGAAGAUACACGUGUGCAGUUCAAACUAAUGUGGAUAGUGCCUCAGUAGCCACAGACGUGAUUGUCAGAGGUGCACCUGGGCCACCACUGGACAUCCAGGUAGACCACAUCACUGAGACUACAGCGUUUGUGUCCUGGAGCCCUGGUCCUGAUAAUCACAGCCCUAUUUCCAACUACGCCGUCCAGGCCAGAACCCCGUUUUCUUUAGGCUGGCAGGCUGUUAGAACAGUUCCAGAGAUUCUUGGAAGGAACCAGUUGGCUGCUCGAGUGACAGACUUGAGUCCGUGGGUGGAGUACGAGUUCAGAGUGUUGGCCACCAACGCCAUUGGCACAGGAGAGCCCAGCAAACCUUCACAAAAGAUCCGCACUACAGACACACUUCCGAGGAUAACCCCGGCCCGGGUAGGCGGAGGCGGUGGCAGUCGCUCUGAGCUAGUCAUCACUUGGGAGCCGGUCCCUGAGGAGUUGCAGAGUGGUCCAGGGUUUGGUUACGUUGUAGCGUUUCGUCCCCACGGGGCUCAGAGCUGGAUGCAAGCUGCCGUUACCUCACCCGACGCUUCUCGAUACAUCUUUAAAAAUGAAAGCAUUCUUCCUUUCUCGCCAUUCUAUGUGAAGGUGGGAGUUUACAACAACAGAGGAGAGGGGCCUUUUGGACCAGUGACCACAAUCUACUCAGCAGAAGAAGAGCCAAGCCGAGCUCCCAAUAAAGUCCGGGCUAAGAGUCUGUCAGCCUCUGAGGUGGAGAUCAGCUGGAAGCCCCUGCCAUGGAGCACCAGCAAGAGAAGAAUCGUGGGCUACGAGCUAAGCUAUUGGGCCAAGGGACAGAAGCAGGACACGGCCAACGUGAUGCGGACAGUUGGGAACAGGACGGUAGAGAUCAUUCGUGGCUUGGAACCCAGCAGUACAUAUUACAUCAUCCUCAGAGCCUACAACAGCGCAGGCGCCGGACCGGACAGUUCAGUGGUCAACGUCACCACAAAGAGACCCCCACCAAGCCGAGCGCCGACGAAAGUCACAUGGAACGCCACAAGCACAAAGAUCAUUCUGAAAUGGGACCAAGUCAAAGCUCUGGAGAAUGAAUCGGAUGUCAUGGGUUACAAGGUGAUUUACAAGCAGAGCAGACACAACCGUCAGAGCGUGGUGGAGACUAACAGGACCUCCCUGGAGCUCGCUCUACCUGUGCAUGAGGAAUAUAUUAUCCAGAUCAAAGCAGUCAGCGAGGGAGGGGAAGGGCGCAGCAGCACACUCAUUACCAUCCCAAGGAUAGCAGUGGCACAUGCGGUGGGAGCAGCAGUAGCAACAGCACAGAUUUCAAUCCUCUCAGUUCUCAUAACGCAACUACUCUGCUGCACAGCCAGGACUUUAUCAUGACAGACAGUGAAAACCAAGCAAUGGAGAACAUUUGUUAAUGUCCCCUUCAAGUGGAUGCGCAUCUUUUUUCACUUUUCCAGCAGGUUUUACAAACCUUCGGUGGACUUUUCAUAGGAAAACUAUUUUGUCAGCCACAUUUGGAAUACUGAUACCAAAGCUGCUAUCAAGACAAUGGAGUUAUCGGAAGGGAGGAUUGUUCGUUUUUUUUUUUUUUUUUGUCGAUUUUUGUUGUUUUUAAAUGUCCUGUAUAGCUUUCUGCUCUCGUCUCAUAUAUAAAUAUAUAUAUGGACAACAAACAGUGGGAUGUCUCCAGCAUGGCAAAUGAAUGUGGAUUAUAUACUUUUACUACUUGAGGACUACGACAUGGACAAGUCUUUAAGAGUAUAUGGAUCCUUAUCUGCAAAAAAUGAACGCUUUCUGGAUUUUCUGCCUCUACAACCACCCUUUCUGGAGCAGACGUCACUAAAUAUUACCUUUUCAUAAAUCCAGUGGAUGUUCGAGUGUUUUGUUAUGCAACAGGACCGGACUUUAUGCUCCAUCACUGCUUGGGAUUCUGGCCAGUGCUGUUUUUUUUAGCAUCCUCAAGCAUAAGGUCCCAGUUGGCUUUCGGUACAUAUCCAUAUUUUCUAGACUGUGCUAAACUGUCCUGCUAAGUUUAUUCAGUGCAUUGUUUCCCCAAGUGUGCAGUGUUUACAGUCCCUCAAUGUGGACAAGUCCCUCAUUUCCUGUUCCACAGAGAAGACUCUAUAGCUGCUGGCCUUAUCAGUACAGAAAUGCUCCCUAGCUGUCUUGAACCCCCUGUUGUUUCUUAGUUGGUAAAGUAUCCAGAGCCACGCUUUGCUAGUGCGUGCGUCAGUAUUUCAGUAUUGAAGUUCUGAACAGUAGGCCUAUUUAAAAUAUCCUCAGGACCAAAAAAAAAAAAAACAGCCUUAAGAAGUAGUCACCCUUCAUUUGAUUUGCUCUCUACCCCUUACCAACAGUGUUUUUAAAGAACAGCAUUUUGAUUUAGACAGACCAGCACAAACUUCACAUGGAGGUACUUUGUGUAGCUAAUGGCUGUGGUUGUUAAAUUUCCUGUAUCUUGCAUAACAACACAUUCCUUUACAGUCAGUCGCUCCUCAGCAUGAAUUGGCUCUGUAGUAGCUUGGAAAACAGUGUUUGAUUGGUCUGACUGCUUUUAAAUAAACGGAAGAACAUGAA